AUGUCCGCUCAAGGAACAAGACUUCAAGGCAAGGUUGCCAUCGUAACUGGUGGCGGAUCCGGAUUUGGCGCUGCAAUUGCCCGUCGCUUCGGUGAAGAGGGCGCGAAGGUCGUUGUCGCUGAUAUCAACGUCGACGGGGGAGAGAAGGUCGCCGCGCAGAACCCUUCGAACCUAAUUUUCCAGCACACGGACGUGACACAGGGAGAUGCGUGGAAGACGGUUCUCGACCUUGCAUUCUCGAAGUUUGGAAGAUUGGAUAUUCUUGUCAAUAAUGCGGGGACUACAUAUCGGAACAAGCCUACGGCCGAGGUAACAGAUGAAGAGUGGGAGCGCGUCUUCAAAGUCAAUGUCAAGAGCAUUUACUUAGCUUCGACAAUUGUUAUUCCCCGAUUGAUCGAGCAGGGACAAGGAGGCUCAGUGAUUAACAUUUCUUCCACUGGAGCGAGUCGUCCAAGACCUGGGUUGGUGUGGUACAAUGCCUCUAAGGGCGCAGUCACAAAUGCAACUAAAGGUCUCGCAGCGGAGUACGGUCCACACAAUAUCCGAGUCAAUAGCGUUGCGCCUUUACUUUCUGGCACUGGGCUAUUCGCUAUGUUUACCGGGAUGGAGGACACACCCGAGAACAGGGAGAAGUUUAUCAGCAAUGUACCUCUAGGCCGUCUUACUGAGGCCGACGACAUUGCCAAUAUGUGUCUUUACCUCGGUAGUGAUGAGGGACGGUUCAUCAAUGGUACUGAGAUGGUUGUUGAUGGUGGAAAGUGUGUUUAA